AUGGAAGAACAAGAAAAAGCAGCUAUUGACAGAAAUCAUGAUUUAUUAAUAAAUAAUAUAAUAUUAACGGAGGAAUUUUAUAAUCAACUAAGAUGGAAUCAAGUUCUACCAGAAUCAAUGAUCACUGAUGUGCAGGCAUGUAAGACGAAAGAAGAAAAAAUAAAACAUUUAUUAUACACACUGAAAUUAAGAGGAUCUGAUGCUUUCCGGAAGCUACGACAUGUACUGCAUAUCACAGGCCAUAAUUUUCUAGCAGACCAACUGUAUGAAGAAGAUAACGACGUCAGUAUUAUCAAGGCUAAUGAUCUUUUUAACAAGUUUCCAUCCAUCUUCAAUCAAGUCUGUGAUGAUCUGAAAAGUAAAUUUAUAAAAUACCUUGAAACUAAGGUAAAAGAAAAGGCCCUUGCAAAAUUUUGGAACAGGUUAUCGUUAGAGAGAUUGGAGGGACUAGAGAAUAAGAAGACAUGUUUCCUGCAGGAAAGGGACAUGAGAGUUAAACUUGAAAAUAAAAGAAAACAGGUGAGUUGUCUGAAGGAGGAAUUAUCGGACAUGGACGAAAAAUUAAGGAAGAGAGAACUGGAAAUUCAAGUUUUUGAAAAAGAAAGAGAUGAAACAAGAAAGAGGUUUAAGACGGAGCUUGCAGUUCAAGCUAGAUUUAAUGCAGCAAACAAUAGUUCAAUAAUCAGACUUAGGGAGAAAUUCGUCUCUUUUAACGAAAAGGUUAAAAUUUUAAAUCGGCAAAUUGCUGAAUUUUUAUCAGUAAACGAAAAUUUAAACGAUAACCAGGAUAACGAAAAACUUUCACGAUUAGAGCAAAAUGUUAAAACAAUACUUCAUAUUGUAAAGCAACAGCAGGAUACAGUAGAAAGUAAGACGACGGAACGUGAAUCAGUUCUUGCUCUUCUUAAGAAAUCAACAAACAAGUCUGAGCCUCUGUCUGAUAUAGUCAAACGUUACUUAGAAAGAGAGGAAAAAGCAAAAUCCAUUGUUAACAGGGAAAUAGAGAAGCUGAUCGAAAUUCUACGUAAAUCGAACAAACCGCAGUAUAAAAACAAGUCAAAUGCUGGUACUGACAUGAAACAUCUACGAAACAUGGUAGCGACUGUCCGAGUUGAAGUGGAGCAUCUGAAGAAAAAGUUGGAAUGGAAAGACGACCAAAUUACGGAUUUAAUCAAAGAAACCAUGAUGCUUAGACAAUAUCAGAAGACAAAGGAUGAUAACACAGUUAGUGAAACCUUGAAAGGGGCCAUUGUAACCUCACCUGUAUCAUCCCCGGAUUCUACUUAUGAAAUGCAAUUGGCAUACAAGAAGUUUGAUAACUAUCUGGCAAGUAACCCAGCACUUCCGAAUAGAAAUCGCCGUCGUGGGUCAUUAGCAGAUGUUGACUUGGAACCAGACCCUGACGAGACAGACAUAUCAUUUGUCGAUAAAAAAGAUUAUCAGGGACCAGAAACACCACGUGUCAAGUUCCCUGAAUUAGAAUUGACUAAAAGUGAGAACACUCCUAGAUCUAAGACGUUUUACCGAAGGUAUUCUGAAAUGUCUGAACAAGAUCUAGCAACAAUACUAGAAACUGACGACAAUGUAGAAUUUGAGAAGCUAAUGACACUCAUCGCCAAGAAAACACAGCCAGCAAAAUUACCACUUAUCUGCAAAGACGCAAUGUCAGUCGAUUUUUCUCGGGAAUCACUUGGAACUGAUAACAUUUAAAUCGUGGUGUUUUUUAAACGACUGUUUGUUAUACUUACAAUUUUCGACACGCGUUACCCUUUCAAGAGUGCAUUGUUUUGUUGUUUACCAAUUAGACAUACCAUAUUAAUUUAAUACAUUAAAGUGAUUAGUGUCUAACAAU